AUGCCUUUAGGGUUAUAUCCAGAGGAUGAUCCGAUUAAGAUUGAGUUUGAUAAGUUUAGGUGUAUGAAGGAAGAGAUCGAUGUAGAUUCCACUUAUCAAGAUUUCAUGAAAAGGUUGUUUCUUUUGAGGCAGAGGAAGCUUCUCAAGUGUCGCAAGUUUGAUGUUGAGAGGUUUAAGGAGCUUGAGAGGAAGUGGAAGAUGACUUCGCCUUCUUCUUGGUCUGCUUCUCGCCACUCAGACGCAUCGAUUCGGAAUCAUGUUGGUAUUGAUCUUGAUUUGGAGGAUUUUUGA